AUGGCUAAUACCGUGGGAGGUGUGCUUUCGGGGGUCAAUCCUUUCAUAUAUAACUCUGGUUCACCAAUAACGUUUUUCCUUAUUCAAGCAGCGUUAAUUCUAGUACUUACGAAUGUUUUGCAUGUGUUUAUUUCGAAACUUAGGCAACCGAAAGUUAUCUCUGAGGUUAUUGCAGGUAUCAUACUAGGGCCUACCGUGUUUGGACAGAUCCCAAAUUAUCUCACAACCAUUUUCCCUGCUGGCUCAGUGACUGGUUUGAACCUUGUAGCUAAUUUGGGAAUCAUUUUGUUCAUGUUUUUCUUGGGGAUGGAAGUCGAUAUUAGCUUCGUGAAGAGAAAUGCCAAGGCAGCUAUCUCGAUUGGAUUGGCGACGUUAAUUGUACCAUUCGGGUUUGGGUGUUUGUUUGCAUUACCCUUAUAUAAUGCUUAUAUGGACGGACAUGGUAUUGAAUUCAAAGUCUUUAUGGUAUUCAUUGCCGUUUCUCUAUCGAUUACGGCUUUUCCAGUCUUGUGUCGUAUUCUUACCGAGUUGAGAUUGGUGAAAGAAAGAGUAGGUAUCAUUGUUUUGACUUCUGGUACCAUCAAUGACGUUGUAGGCUGGAUUCUUCUAGCCUUGUGUAUUAUUCUUUCCAACUCUCAGUCAGACCCAGUGAAUGUCGUGUACAUUUUGUUAUGCACUUUUGGCUGGUUCCUAUUCUGUUGUUAUCCAGUCAGACUUACAUUGAAGUGGGGGUUCAAUAGAUUCCAUGAAUUUGAAAGGGAUAGCCCUUCCACUUUUGCCACUCUAUUGAUUCUUGUGAUUGUACUACUAAGUGCUUACUUUACAGAUAUUAUUGGUGUUCAUCCGAUUUUUGGGGCUUUUAUUGCAGGUAUUAUCGUUCCUAGAGAAAACAAUUACGUGUCGAAAUUAACGGCACGCAUGGAAGAUAUACCCAACUUACUUAUGAUACCAAUCUAUUUCACUAUUGCUGGUUUGAACGUUGAUUUAACUCUUUUGAAUAAAGGUUCUGAUUGGGGAUACAUCUUUGCAAGUAUUGGUAUUGCCGUUGCAACGAAGGUUGUUUCUGGUGCUCUUUUAUCUAAAAUAAAUGGAUUAUGCUGGAGAGAAUCUUUGGCUGUUGGUGUCUUGAUGUCAUGUAAGGGUAUUGUGGAAAUUGUUGUCUUAACAACUGGUUUGAACGCUGGUAUAAUCACCAAGAAGGUUUAUGCAAUGUUCAUUUUCAUGGCACUUAUUUCAACUUUUAUAACCACCCCAUUGACGUUGUGGAUUUUCCCUGAUCAUUAUCGUAAUGAAUUGAAAAGACAACGAACUGACGGUAGUACUUCAGAAAUAGUACCCAACACGGUCGGCAAGACAAAGGACUUGAAACACAUGCAUUUCUCUACCGUUGAAUUGGUGAUUAAUAAUGCCAAAGCUGUUGCGUUGUCCUUAUGGUUCAUCAAAGCGUUUAGUUCUGGGCAGGAAGAAUGGAAAGAAAUGUUUACUUCUGAUUCGGGAGAUUUAGAGAAGAAACAUUUGAAGAAAGUACUUUCGACAGAUACAGAAGCACUAACAGUAGUUUCUGAUGAUGACGAAUCCCCGUUAUUGGUCAAUGCUAGGAAUUUGAAGUUGAUGUCAGAUAGAACUGCUGAAAUUCUUGAACUGACCAGUUUAUACAAUAGCCUGACAUCUGCAGAUAAUGGUCUUGAAAUGUUACGUGUGUUCUCAUCUUUGUUUGGAUUGAAAUUCAAGGGCGAGGUCAUGUUCUCAUCACUGGGAGAAAAGGUUGGCUAUAUUGGAAAGAUUCCAGUUGCAAAUAACACCACGCUCUUGAUACCACUAAACUAUCCUAACGGUGAACAAAGUGAGUCCAUCUCAAGGAUUUUGUCAUUCAAUGAUUUACCUGAAGACUUCUUCAGUACGCUUUCUUCCAAAAUAUCUUCAUCCCUCGUUCUUCUUUUCGGAACUGUUGUUCAUCAACAACCCACAUCAGUUCUUGUAUAUCUACUAAAUUCAACUUUAACUGGUUCUGACUAUAUGGCCUUGUUCUUGGGAUUAGUGAUGGGAUUACAUGCCAAGACUAUCAAAAUUGUUACCGUUUCAGAGCAUCUGGUUGCUCUUGGAGAACUGCAAGAGAUUCUCAGAUCCUCCAUUCUGAUAAAAUUGGAUAUUACAACUAUAUCGACUAACGAAACUGAUUCCGCAGUUGCGAGUGUUGAUGUCUUCAAUGACAUCGAACUUAAUAAUAAGAGUUUGGUGGUAUUACCACAAGAUUCUAUAAAGUCUACAUGUUUAGACGAUUAUUCUAAAGUGCUUGUAACGAAAGCUUCUAAAAGUGGUUCUACGGUAGCCAUCUGUCAUAGGUGA